AUGCUAGAGGGACAGACACGGGUUGCAGAAAAUCCUCAUUUCGAGUACAGUCUCACAGAUAACGUUGAGAGGAUAGCAGAAAAUGAGAAGAGUAAUGCAGAAAAGUCAUCAAAACAGAAAGUGGAUCUAUGGUCUUUGCCAACUCGUGCCUACCUGGAUCAGACAGUUGUACCUAUCUUAUUAUAGGGGCUUGCUAUGCUU